ACUUUGAAGGAAAUCAAGCAGUGAUGAAUGCGUCAUGGCCUCCUCCCUCUCCUGCAGUGGCAGACUGUCUAAUUCGGGGCCUAUCCCAAAAAGAUGCAGGUCCAGGAUCCUCAAGGAUGCGGCCGGCUAUCGCGUGUUUUCCCGGCGAAUGUCCGUGCCGUUUUGUCAGUUGAUCAGUUGCCAGGAUGGCGGUGGACUAUCUCGUGGGCUCGUGCAGGGGUCGGCAGGGAUGGUGGAUAAUUGUCGGGUUACGUUUCCGCCUCGAUGAUGGUCCCGCUGGCCAUCGAGACGGAGACAGGGUCGAUCCUCGGAUUUUAUUGUGCUCAGGUCCUUAAGAGAGCGGAUGCGCAGACUGGAAAUCUCAAGCAGCUCCCUCCCGCCUUCUCACUACGAUGAAGUAUCUCUUGGCACUUGCGUCUCUGGCUGUUGUCAUCUCUCCCGCUGCAUCGGUGGCCGUCUAUGGACAAUGCGGUGGCAUUGGUUUCACCGGAUCCACAGUCUGCGAUGCAGGGUCGGUGUGUACCGUUGGCAACCCUUACUACUCGCAGUGUCUGCCUGGAACUGCGCCGCCACCCUCGUCGACAACGUCCGCGGCGGUCACCUCUCCGACGACCCCUACGAGCACAGCGUCCGCACCGGCGAGUUCAGGGUGCUCAGGUGCUACCAAGUUCAAAUUCUUUGGCGUCAGUGAGUCCGGCGCUGAAUUUGGAAGCGGAAAGUGGCCUGGUGUCUACGGGACUGACUACAUCUUCCCCGCUCCCAGAAUCUGUCAGCUCGAUCGAUUACUUCGUGAACAAGGGCUUCAAUUUUUCCGGCUGCCGUUCAUGCUCGAACGUCUUGUCCCGCCUGCGGGAGGUCUUACGGGUCCCUUUGACCAGACCUAUCUGGGUCGUAUUCAGUCGUCUGUGACUUACAUCACCGGAAAGGGUGCCCAUGUGGCUUUGGACCCACACAACUACAUGUUGUACAACAACCAAGCCAUCUCGAACACGACACACAAUGCGAGUCUCGGUCUCUCUUUCGGAAGUUGCUUUGACUCACAAUUUGUCCUUGCAGUCUGGAAGAACUUGGCCACCGUCUUCAAAUCUAACCCCAACGUUAUCUUCGAUGUGAUGAACGAGCCCAACGGGAUCCCGGCGUCGACUGCGUUCGCGCUCAACCAGGCUGCGAUCUACGGUAUACGUUCCAGUGGAGCGACCUCCCAACUCAUUCUCGUGGAAGGAACUUCUUGGACCGGCGCCUGGACGUGGACCUCUUCCGGCAACUCGGCCGUGUUCGGAAACAUCACUGAUCCUAACAACAACGUCGCGAUCGAGAUGCACCAGUACCUCGACAGCGAUGGCUCGGGCACCAGCUCGGUCUGUGUGUCCCCGACGAUCGGCGCAGAGCGGUUGCAGGUCGCCAGCGCCUGGCUCAAGGCCAACAACCUGAAGGGCUUCCUCGGUGAAAUCGGCGCCGGAAACAACACCGCUUGUAUAUCGGCUGUCAAGGGUGCGAUGUGUGCCAUGCAGCAGGCGGGCGGCGUCUGGAUCGGUGCCUCUUGGUGGGCAGCCGGCCCGUGGUGGGGCGACUACUUCAUGUCCAUCGAGCCACCCAGUGGUGGCUCCGUCGCCAGUGUCCUGCCCCAGGCGUUGAUGCCUUUCUUUUCUGUUCCAUAUGAACCAAGUGAAAUCAAUGCGACCCCAGCUAGCGAUUAG